AUGAUCAGGUAUCGCGUAUCGCCAAGAUACAAGCAAGGGGAAGUGCUGCAAGGGAAACGCCGCCCCACCAAGCGGGAGUUUCUAAGCAUGAUGAUGUCCAUAUACGACCCGCUUGGACUCAUUUCAUUCUUCGUGAUGUACGCCAAAACCAUGUUUCAAGAGAUUUGGCGGUCUGGAUGUCAGUGGGACGACCCUAUACUGGAAGCAGAAUGGAUCAAAUGGAAGCGAUGGAUUCAUCACAUUCCCAAUAUCGAGGAAUUGUGCAUCCCCAGGUGCUAUAUGCCUAAACAGCUGCGGGGGCACCAGGUGGAGAUGCACACCUUUGUAGAUGCCAGCGAAAGUGGAUUCGCAGCCGUGUGUUAUCUACGAAUCAAAUUUGGACCCGCUAUCCACUGCUGCUUGCUGGGCAGCAAAGCAAAGGUAGCUCCGCUGAGGCUGGUAUCUAUCCCACGUCUGGAACUCAUGGGCGCUACUCUUGGCGCCAGGCUGGCAUAUGAAGUGGAAAAGUCACUUGCCAUGCAGAUUUGCAAACGGAUAUUCUGGACCGAUUCGAGAACAGUGCUGAGCUGGCUGCGCUCGGAUCAGAGGAAGUACAAGCAAUUUGUGGCGUUUCGGGUAAGCGAAAUAUUAGAUACCACAAAGCAGGAGGACUGGCGCUGGGUUCCAACUUCCCAAAAUGUAGCAGACGAAGCUACGAAGUGGACCCGGACACCCGACUUCAGCAGCGGAAGCCGAUGGCUAAAUGGGCCAAAAUUCCUAUGGCAGGAAUCAGAAGGCUGGCCAACUGAAUCAGCCCAAAAAACCGACGAAACUGAUGCUGAACUAAAGGUGCAGUUUAUUGGAGUAUGCGCAUGGAACGAAAGCAUAAGUCAUGCACAGCUUAUCGACCCGUUGAGAUUCUCUUCUUGGACCAGACUACUGCGGAGUAUGGCGAAAGUGAUCUGGAGCCUUCGACGCUGGAAAUCAAAAGGGCUGACAGCCAAACAAGUUGAAGACUCGACUACCCAAGAGGAUCUUUUAAUGGCAGAAAGUAUCCUAUGGUCAGAUGCGCAGGCCGAGCACUACCAGGACGAGCUGGCAUUGCUGCGCAUGGGUCGACCUCUGACGAGGAAAAGUUCCUUGUACAAAUUGGGGCCGUACCUCGACGGUAACGGUGUGUUACGACUUCAAGAGCGCACGAAGAUGGGAAGCGGUAAGGAUAGAGUGGUCCUACCUAGCAGUAGUCCCAUCACCCAGCUUAUCAUUGCGGAGCUACACGCAAAGCUUCUGCAUGCCAACCACGAGACCCUGAUCAACGAGCUCCGACAGAGUUUCUGGAUCCCCAAGCUGAGGCCAACCGUUGCACGCUUACGUCGAUCCUGUCAAAUAUGUAAGAAUAGGCAGGCAGCACCCAGGCCACCUCGGAUGGCAGAUCUCCCAUAUCCAAGGCUGGCUGCAUUCCAUCGUCCGUUCAGUUACACAGGAGUGGAUUAUUUUGGACCUCUUCUGGUUACGGUUAGGCGAAGCUCGGAAAAAAGAUACGGAGUGUUGUUCACUUGCCUCUCUACGAGAGCCAUACACUUGGAGGUAGCGUAUUCCCUAACAGCCGACUCUUGUAUUCUAGCAGUGCGCAACUUCAUAGCUCGGCGUGGCAGGCCCGUGGAACUGUGGAGCGACAACGGCACCAACUUCCAAGGGGCUAGUACCGAACUCCGGAGGGCACUGGACGUGCUGGACAAGGUUCAGCUGGAACGUGAGUUUACCGGCCCUGAGAUGAAGUGGAAGUUCAUCCCUCCUGCAUCGCCCCACAUGGGUGGGGCUUGGGAGCGCUUGGUGCGAUCAGUGAAGGUGGCUCUGUACUCCAUUCUAUCAAGCGCACGACCCUCGGACGAGUUGCUUCGCGGGGCGCUAAUGGAAGUAGAAAUGAUAGUGAACUCUCGGCCGCUCACCUACAUCCCGGUAAAAGACGAGAAUGAGGAGGCCCUCACACCUAAUCAUUUCCUGCUCGGGAGUUCAAGUGGAAGUAAGCCGGCUACGGAACCUACUGUCGAAGGAAUGCUGCUCAAAAGGAGCUGGAUGGCAUCGCAGCAGCUUGCGGAUAUGUUCUGGAAGCGGUGGCUAUUGGAAUACCUGCCGGUGAUCACGAGACGUGGGAAAUGGUGUCACGAUAGCAAACCGCUAGAGGCAGGAGACAUUGUUUACGUCUGCGACCCUGGCAACCCCAGAUCCAGCUGGCCCAAAGGCCGUAUCUUGAGCGUGAAGCUCAGCGCAGAUGGACAAGUGAGGAGCGCUACAGUGAAGACGAUCUCUGGAGUAUACGUGAGACCAGCCACGAAGCUUGCAGUUCUAUCUAUCGAGUCUAAUGGGGUAGAAUCCAGUCGGAAUAUACCGGCGGGGAGUGUUGCGAUAGAUUAUAAGAACUAG